CCAUCCGUGCGACGAGAAAGAAUUCUCCUUCCCUCGUAAUAUCUCGGCCGGCUCGCUCGGCUCUCUGCUGGGUCACCACCACAGCGCCAACCACGUGGGAGAAGGCCCCGAGCCCACCGUGACCGACCCGCUCAUCGGCCCCGUCGGGGAAUACGAGACGCGGGUGGACAUGGAGAAGGAGAGCCUACCGAAGGAGGUGGCCUCCCCUGUCCUCUCCGGCCCCAUCACUCGCUCCAAGUCGAAACAUGAGUUGAAGCUCUUGGAGAAGAUCCCGGACAACGCCGAAGCCACCGUGGUGCUUGUCGGUUGCGUCCAGUUCCUCGACCAGCCCACCAUGGCCUUCGUCCGGCUGAAGGAGGCGGCCCAGUUGGACGCUGUCUUGGAGGUCCCGGUCCCGGUCCGCUUCCUGUUCGUGCUGUUGGGCCCCAGUAGCGCCAACAUGGACUACCACGAGAUCGGACGCUCCAUCUCCACCCUGAUGUCCGACAAGCAAUUCCAUGAGGCGGCUUACUUGGCCGACGACCGUCAGGACCUGCUACAGGCCAUCAACGAGUUCCUGGACUGCAGCGUGGUGCUGCCCCCUUCGGAGGUGCAGGGCGAGGAGCUGCUGCGGAGCGUGGUGCACUUCCAGCGGGAGAUGCUCCGCCGGCGGGAUGAGCAGGAACGGCGGCUGACGGCCGGGACGGCCCUGGAGCCCAAGUCGCCGGAGGAGAAAGCGUUGCUGAAGCUGAAAGCGGGCGAGGAGGAAGACGAAUCGGAGGCCGACCCGCUCCAACGCACCGGACGACCGUUUGGGGGACUCGUCCGGGAUGUCCGUCGGCGUUAUCCGAAGUAUCUCAGCGAUUUCCGAGACGCUCUGGACCCUCAGUGCCUGGCGGCUGUCAUCUUCAUCUACUUUGCCGCCCUCUCGCCCGCCAUCACCUUUGGGGGCCUGCUGGGCGAGAAAACCGAGGGGCUCAUUGGGGUCUCCGAGCUGAUCAUCUCCACGGCGCUUCAGGGGGUUGUCUUCUGCCUCCUGGGGGCUCAGCCCCUCCUGGUCAUUGGCUUCUCGGGGCCCCUCCUGGUUUUCGAGGAAGCCUUCUUCACGUUCUGCGCCUCGCACAGCCUGGAGUACCUGGUGGGCCGCGUCUGGAUCGGCUUCUGGCUCAUCCUGAUCGUGCUGGCCAUGGUGGCCUUCGAGGGCAGCUUCCUGGUGCGCUUCGUCUCGCGCUUCACCCAGGAAAUCUUCGCGUUCCUCAUCUCCCUCAUCUUCAUCUACGAGACCUUCUUCAAACUCAUCAAGAUCUUCCAGGCGCACCCGUUGCACGGCUGCGGGAACGCCACCCUCGGCCUUCGGGGACUCGAGAACGGGACGAUCGGCCGCGAUGCUUCGGAAGUGACCGGCCAACCCAACACGGCCCUCCUCUCGCUGGUGUUGAUGGCCGGCACCUUCUUCAUCGCCUUCUUCUUGCGGAAGUUCAAGAACAGCCGCUUUUUCCCCGGCCGGGUCCGGCGAGUGAUUGGCGACUUUGGGGUGCCGAUCGCCAUCCUCCUCAUGGUGCUGGUGGACUCCAGCAUCCAGGACACUUACACUCAGGUAGGAGCGGUGCCCAGCGGCUUCUCGGUGACGUCCCCUGAGAAGCGCGGCUGGGUGAUUAACCCUCUGGGCAGCAGCGGUGAACCUUUUCCGGUGUGGAUGAUGGUGGCCAGCGUCCUGCCCGCCGUCCUCGUCUUCAUCCUCAUCUUCAUGGAGACGCAGAUCACCACGCUGAUCAUCAGCAAGAAGGAGCGGAAGCUACAGAAGGGCUCCGGGUUCCACCUCGACCUGCUCCUCAUCGUGGCCAUGGGCGGCUUCUGCGCCCUCUUCGGCCUGCCGUGGCUGGCGGCGGCCACGGUGCGCUCCGUCACGCACGCCAACGCCCUGACCGUCAUGAGCAAGGCGGUGGCCCCGGGGGACAAGCCCAAAAUCCAGGAGGUGAAGGAGCAGCGCGUCACCGGCCUGCUGGUGGCCGUCCUCGUCGGCUUGUCCAUCGUCAUCGGGGACCUGCUCCGCCGGAUUCCCCUAGCGGUGCUCUUCGGCAUCUUCCUCUACAUGGGCGUCACCUCGCUGAACGGGAUCCAGUUUUACGAGCGUCUCCACCUGCUCCUGAUGCCGCCCAAGCACCACCCGGAUGUGCCGUACGUCAAGAAGGUCCGCACCCUUCGAAUGCACCUCUUCACGCUCCUCCAACUGGCCUGCUUGGCCGUCCUCUGGGCCGUCAUGUCCACCGUGGCCUCGCUAGCCUUCCCUUUCAUCCUCAUCCUCACCGUGCCUCUCCGCUUGUGCCUGCUCAGCCGCAUCUUCACGGAGCGGGAGAUGAAGUGUGUAAGUUUACGGGGGGUGGUGGUG